AUGAGGAUGAGGUUGAGGGUGGAGAAGGUGCGGGCGGUGGUUGAUUGCCAGUGCCUCGCUGGUGCCUUGCUGGAAAGGAAUCGUGAUGGUGGUACGCCAGAUAGUGGGCGUUUGGCAAGUUCGAUUCGCUGGACAAUUGGAGGCUGGACAUGGACCGUUCCCAACAGUCACCCGCUGAAGAUUUCACGGGUGUGUUUCUUGCACGCCAAGCUUUACGUCCUUGCCGACACGUACGCGAUAUUCGAUCUCAUGAAAAUGGGCAAACAGAAGUUAAUGUACGUCCUUGAUUGGUUCAAGCUCUACAAGGAAAGUAUUGGCCACGUAGCAGCUCUUAUUGGGUACCUCUACAAGAACAUGGAGCUACCCCCCACGUUGAAUACAAAACAAACAAACAAACUCUACAAGAACAUCCGCACUACCGAUGCCAUCCGAGAGGUGCUUGUUACAUACGGAGCAACUUUCAUAGAGGACGUCAUAGAAGGCACCAACUGCAAACCCGAACCGUAA